UCUGCUGCCCCCUUUGCACCCUUCUCAAGCUCCUGUCUGUGGCCAAGGGUUUCAGGCACAGGUGCCUCAAGUUAGACUACUAUUGUCCUUAUGUAGGCACCUCAGUGAGUGUCUGGAAUUGCAAACCUGACUAACUUUGAGGCAUCCCCAGUUCUGAAAAUCUUGGCCCAUGUGCCUGCUCCAAUGGCAUGCCUUAUGCUUAGAACCAUCUCCUUGUUUUGUGCCCCAGCAAAUGACCACCUGCAUCCAAAUCUUGCCUGGACACACACUUCUCCUGAGAACUAAUUAAGCAAGAAUGCACCAAAGAUAGAAAACAAAACUGCUCCAUUUUGAGACUGGGCAACAGGUGUAUUGUGUAGCUGAACUAAGUCUGCUGAGGCAAGAAGCAUGCCUUCCUCUCUCUUUGUACAGACCGGAGCACCCGGCCAAUCUGCAGUCUACUGCUGCACAAGAGCUGAAGGAGAACGACACUGCAACGCACAUGGCUUGUGCAUGAAGUAUUGCAGGUAGGGAAAGUCGCCAGUUAGAUUCCCGAGCUCAUCAUGAAUGACCUGGAGUCCUUGGCAGUGCCAAGGAACGAUCAUCCUAGAUACUCACUGCAGCUGGAAAACAGGAGGAAGAACGUUUUUGUAACCCAGUUAGGGGAAUACAGGGAAGAAGAGGAUAAAGAUGUUACUCAUAUCCCUAUCAUCAGCGAGGCCCCCAGCAAGAUUCUUGAGACUGAUGCAAACUCUUUGCAAAAAACCUUGGUUCUGAAGAAAGAGGUUGAAGUUGAUCGUGUCACAGCAGAGCUGAUUGCUAAGAGGCAGGAAUUUAAAGAGCGAAUGGAAGCUGUGGCUCAGCGGAGAGCACAAUUUGCCAAAAAGCAGCAGGAUAGCAGGAAUCAAGCUCUUAAAUUUGACAAGUUUCUUAAAGAAAGUGAUGUGAAGAGGAGGCGUGCACUCCAGAAAUACCAAGCAGAAGUAAAAAUGAAUGAAAUAAAACAGAGGGAGAUAGAUAAAUUGGUAGCAGAACUUGAAAAACUCAAAGUCAGACAACAGAAGCUGCAGAAGAAGGUAGCCAAGCAAAAAGUGUAUGAGGAUUUCCUGCUGAAAGUCAUUGACCAAUUGCCUGACAACUAUCCGAAGUACGGUGCAGAUUCUGUCAUUGGAGCUAUCAUCAGGCGGCAUGAGACGCUGUCUGCUACAAACCAGACCUUGAUAAAGAACUUGAUCACCCUGUCAGAUGACUUUGAGAAAAGCCAGCAUGACCUUGAAACCUUGCAACGGGAACAUGAUACCACAAAACUUAUGCUGAUUAGGGAACUAUCUGAGCUUCAGAUGAAGUGCAACAGAAUACAGGAGAAAAACAAGCAGCUGGAAGUCAGUAUUAACCACGAGAAAGGUCACUUCAGAUAUCAGAGUCAAGAGCUAGGCAGAUUGUUGUUAGCUAUCGCCAACCUGGCUGAGCAGUGCCACAUGCAGCAUUAUGGCCCCUUGCAGGAAAUGGAAUGGUUGUCAAAACUGGACAUGAUCCAAGAAUUCAUUCUGGAAAAAAAGCAUAUCCCGCAAUUAGCGACUCAGCCUGAUGAAUCUGGGGCAUUGCUAUCGAGUCUUGGAGACCAAACUCAGAGCAGAAAAAUGAGAAUCACCAAGAAGAAGUUCCAAAGCCAAGUUCCAGCAGGCAGUGGUGGUGUUAUACAAACUCCUAAAAACAAGGGGAAAGCAUCAGUGUGACACUGUUUUGUAUUAAUGUGUUGCAGUUUCCUAAGCAGUGGAAGAGAGGAAAUAUGCAUGCUUCCUCAGACUUACUGACUUUUCUUACUGUGAAAUGCUUCUUUCUAGUGCCUUCAUUUUUAAUAUUUGUGUCUUCCAUACACUCACAAGUUUGGCAACGGUUUACACAAUUCCUGGACUGUAACUCAAAAGGCAAAAUGCCAACCAAUAAUGCAAAUGAAAAUUACAUUGGUUUUGCUAUAUGAGUAUAGGAUUAGUCCAUUACUAACUGUGGGUUUUAUCCAUGGCACCUCCAGUGAAAUUAGUAAGGAGUCAUUUGUGAUAUUCCAUUCUUUGACUAAAAAGUAAGACUAAAUAGAUUCAAUAAAACAUAUUGGACCACAGUGUGAGAAUAGUUAAUUUGUUGUUUGUAAAACAUACACUGAGAUCCUUAUCUGAAAAUUGCUAUAUAAAUGCCAAAUAUCAUUAUGUUGCAAUGUGUGUUUUUCUGUGGGCUUGUUUGAAAUUACAUCUGGGGACAAGUUCUCAGCUAUACUGAUUUACGGCAGCUGGCCCGAGACUUAUUCAGUGUCGUCACAAGGGUUUCAAUUCCCUGUUGCCAAGGGGAGAAAUUGAAACAGAAGGUACAAAGUGACUUAUCAGCUGGAAAAGCUAGAGGAACUCAAUGCUGAUAACAAGAGGUUCCGGACUAGGUUAAUGGCCUUUGACUCAGUUCAAGUAUAAUAUGAGUUUAAUAGUUCAGACAUUCAGAUGUUUUCUCAUGGUCAAGUCUCUCGUGACACCUAAGGAGUUAGCCAACUAAUAAUGGCUUACAUGGAGGGGGACUAUUAAUAUUAAUUUAUUAUAUUUGUAUUGUGUUUUUUCCUCCCAUCCUUCAUCUGUUGCUUGUCUUCUUUGAUUGCGAGCAUUGUUACUUAUUGUAUUACCAUUUGUUUAUUGUUAUGUUACUGUGACAUUCUGUGAACAUUCCCUUACCUUAAUUGUGAGCUCAACUGUGAGAAGUAAAUUUAUAGGCCUAGUUAUUAUAACAGAGCCCGACUCAUGGACCAGCACCUCAUUGUGCUAGGUGCUGUACAGACACAGAACAAAAAUUGCCCCACUUCACCCUCUUGGGAACUAAAGCAAGGGCUCAGUUUUAGAACCUCAAAGAUGAAUUAUCCUCAGCUCAGUCUCACUCCUUUCCCAGAACAGAAUCAUUGCUUUGUGGUGUUCUUCUAAGAAUAAAAAAAAUGUUGCUUAUUGUUGAGAUGGGAAAUUGGUCUUAAGGUGAAGGUGUGGGAAAAGAACUCAGAAGAGCUGGGAUUUUUUUCCUGAUCCACCACAGCCUUCCUAUGGGUCCCUGAGCAAGUCAAGUCACCUAUCUGUGCCUCAGUUUCCUCAUCUGUAAAAUGAGGAUAAUUCUUCCAUUAGGUGUAACUCAAUCAUAUUUGUUAAAAUGCUUUGAGAGUCUCAGGUGAAAGGUGAUACGGUUACAUUAACUGGAUUAUUUAUCACGGGUCAGUCCACAGGUUACAAGCUUUGAAAAGAAGCUCUCAAAAAAGAUCUCUACUGCAUGACUGCCCCAAAACACAGUAAGAGGGUCAUGGGGAAGUCAAGCAAAGCUGUACAGUAAGAGUCUCUUAAAGGGAAAAAACAAGUGGAAAGAGCUGGGGAAGGAAAGCAUUUUCAUUGCCUAGUACAGUAGAGGAAUGCUUCAACAGCAGUUUGUCCAUGUGAAAAUCUGGCCCGCCAGUGAUUCUACCAAAGUCCAUGAGCUGUGGGGUAACGUAGAAAGGGUCAGUCAGGCAAGUUAAAGUUAUGUGAGGCUUAAUUUACCACAGUAACGUGCACUCUGCUUUUAAAAAAUCCAGAGCGUAGGCUUUGUACAUCUUACUCAUUCAGGCCUCUUUCUUCACUCUCUUCUCUUCUCCACCAUGGGCAGAUAGUCUGCAUUUCCUUUGUGUAUUACACCUUCCACAUCUCCCAGCAUAUCCAUACAAAGUUUUACAAAGGAGAAAACUGAUAAGUAUCUUUUUAUUGAAAAAGAUGCAAUACAUCUCUCUUUGUUUGCACUAUACAAACUAGGACUGGUCAUAAAAUUCCCAUCAAAGCUGUUUUUUGAUGAA